GGUAUUUAUAUUGGUUUGUUUGGCUCUGCUGGCUCCUCAGGUUAUCCUACAUUACGGAUCGAGAAGAAUGAUCUUAAAAGUGUCACUCUAAUGGAAGCAAAAGCUAAAGUGAAGGACAUAGCCAUCUCCAGGGAAAGGAUAACUCUAAAAGAUGUGCUCCAAGAAGGCACUUUUGGGCGCAUUUUCCAUGGGAUUCUAAUAGAAGAAAAAGACCCUAGUAAAGAGAAACAAGUUUUUGUCAAAACUGUUAAAGAUCAAGCCUCAGAGGUACAGGUGACAAUGAUGCUGACUGAAAGCUGUAAACUCAGAGGACUUCAUCACAGGAAUCUGCUACCUAUCACUCAUGUCUGUAUAGAAGAGGGAGAGAAACCAAUGGUGCUGCUGCCGUACAUGAACUGGGGGAACCUUAAACUAUUCUUGCGACAGUGCAAGCUGGUAGAGGCCAACAAUCCUCAGGCAAUUUCCCAGCAGGAUCUUGUACAUAUGGCUAUUCAGAUUGCCUGUGGAAUGAGUUAUUUGGCCAGACGGGAGGUCAUUCACAAAGACCUGGCUGCUAGAAACUGUGUCAUUGACGAUGCACUUCAGGUUAAGAUUACAGACAACGCGCUAUCUCGAGACCUAUUUCCUAUGGACUACCAUUGCCUGGGAGAUAAUGAAAACAGACCAGUUCGAUGGAUGGCUCUUGAAAGCCUGGUUAACAAUGAAUUUUCCAGUGCUAGUGAUGUGUGGGCCUUUGGAGUAACGCUGUGGGAGCUGAUGACUUUAGGACAGACUCCGUAUGUCGAUAUCGACCCCUUUGAGAUGGCUGCUUAUUUAAAGGAUGGCUAUCGAAUAGCUCAGCCAAUCAACUGCCCUGAUGAACUGUUUGCUGUGAUGGCCUGCUGUUGGGCCCUAGAUCCUGAAGAAAGACCCAAGUUCCAGCAGUUGGUGCAGUGUCUAACUGAAUUUCAUGCAGCAUUGGGAGCCUACGUCUGAAACUGCCGAAGAAGAUUCAAUUCACUGAUUGGGAGAAGGCAUGGCAUACAUCUGCAGCUCCAUGCAUCACUCGGACUCACACACGUGAUGUGUAUAAAGCAACACCAAAGGCAGAAAGCACUUCUUCCAAAACACUGUGCCUUAGAAUGCCUUAGUAGUCUGAAGUUUUUUUUUGUAAGACCUCUUAAUGUUGAAUUUUUCCUAGAUAUCACUUUUACUAAGUUAAAUCGAGACCUUUUUAUUUGCCAUCAGGAUUUUUAAAGUGUAGUGAUAGUGAACUUAAAACACGAGAUUUGGAUGGACUUUGCACUCUUACAACAGACACGUGACUUUUUUGAAGGGUAUAUGGAACUGGUAGAAAAGUGAGGGUAGGGGAAAUUAACGCAAAAGCCACACUACAGAAUUUUUUUUUUAAAAUGUUGAAACUGAAUCUUUCUGACC